CGCGCCAUUUCGAACCGGACGAGCGCGCGCAACCGGUCGUCUUCCGCCGUCGCGCGUUUUUCCACGUCUCGAGAGCGUUGCGCACCGUUCGUCGUUCCGCACCGCAAACGCGCGUGCCGCCGAUCGCAACAGUGCGCCGCAUUGAAACGUUCGCGAUGGCGUCGCGGAUACAGCCCAAGCGGGCGAGCACGGUCACCACAGGUGUCACCUGCCUGGUGGGCGUCGUCGCCUGGAUCCUGAUCAGCUCCAUUUACGUGGGCAACACCGAGGGCUGGCCGCAGUUCGCGCUCAGCGCGUUCGCCGCGGCCACCGUGUGCGCGCUGGGCGCCUCGUCGCUGGCGUACGCGGCCUACCAGCAGUACGUGGUCAAGAACAACCUGUUCGCCGACCAAGGGGCCGCCGACGAGUUCGAUUACCGGUCGACGGGCCAAUGGGCCGUGAUCACUGGCGCCACUGAUGGAAUCGGCAAAGAGUACGCACGUCAAGUGAGUAACAGCAGUAUUAGCAACAUCAAGAGCAGCAGCAACGCCAAAAAUGUCGGCCUCGUUCGCGAUGACGAUGUGGUGACAGAGGACUCGGUGCAUAACCCGCUCGUCGACUAACCAACAAAUAAUCUCACAAAUAACAAAAUUUUCCAUAGUUUAGUUACAGUUAGACAGUAGUUAUUAAACUAUAUGUUACGUCGUAAACAACGACAUGAUAUUAUAUUAGUGUGCGUGUGUAUGCAAUCUUGUAGUGGCGUGUUCUUUACCUAAAGAUAUCUGAUGUCUUAUUUUAAAUUUUACUUCAUUAAAAUAACAAAAAAAAAAA